AUGGCUGAUUCAGAACAUAUAGUUUAUUCAAGAGUAGUUGGUUUCAUUUCUUUAGCUUGUUGGAUCUGUGUUUCAAUUCCACAACUUUAUGAAAACUAUAAACGAAAAUCUGGCAGUUCACUAUCAUUAGCUUUAAUAUAUAUAUGGAUCAUGGGCGAAUUGCUUGAUUUGAUCGGUGCUAUUUUACAAAACUUGUUGCUAACAGUGAUACUUGUCGCGCUUUAUAACGUUUUGAUUGAUAUCACUUUAUUAUUGCAAACCUAUUAUUACCGCUCUCGUAAAAUACCAGAUGAUGACGAAUCUGAUGAUAAAUCCAACGAAUCCGAAAAUAAAUCCAAAGAAUCUAAUAAUAGUUCUGACGAAUCUACUGGUGAAUUUAUUAGACCUGAUGAUUCAACC